ACAAUAUUGAUGAUUUCACAUAGAAAAAAAGAUAAACAAAUAGUUACAUAAGAAAAAAAACAUCAUUUUUUUACCACACCCUUGUAGAUCUGCAACAGCCAAUGUAAUGCCUGCACGUCGUGCUGGUGGUGGUGUGACCACCGUUCGCCGCAAACAUUCGUUGGGUAAUUUACGUCGUGCUCAUCCAGCCUCGGGUGCAACAUGGAAUGUUCAGGUGGUUCGUGGAAAAAUGUCCUCAAAAUGUUUAUGGCAUGCUUGUAGAGCAUUAGUAUUGGGUCUUACUUUGUUAGCGGUGGGUGCGGGAAUGGCAACAUUGGGUUACUAUGCCGACCACUUAUCAAUUGGCUCCGAAAUACGUGGCAAUGCUACUGUACGUGUUAAAAAUGAUCUCAAGGGUUUUCAUCUAAAUAAUUUCUCUUACGUGGGUCCCAUAGUUAUGGGUUUUGGUGGUUUUAUUGUGGUCGCUUCGUGUGUCAUGACAUUCGAGGCACGUGAUUCGGCUGCCAAAGUUGUGCCGGCACGUUUAAGAGCUGGCACUGGCAGUAAAAUGACUGUGCGCAGCAAUCAAAGUAGUUCAGCCUCACAAAGAAGAGCUAUAGGCAUGCAAUUUCAAAAUACCCGCUGGGAUCAACAGUUUGGUGUUUUUCGUUCUUCCCCAGCCGCUGAAGUACCUCAAACCACUAAUAUGCCCCUUGAUCGUGAAGCCUUAACUGCUGAAUUAGUAAAAUUUUCUAAAUCGCUCAGUGCAUCUGCUCGCUUUUCACCACAACUACGACGUCUCACCUACACUGGUUCUGUGCCAAAUCUCUCCACUCAUCAUGCCACACAUCCCCUCGCAUAUUCCACUAAUUUAUCACAUUUACUCUCGCCGAAUCACAAACCACUGCUGUUGCUGGAACCUAAACGACAUCGUAAUCAUCAUCGACAUCAUCAUCACCACCACAAUAACCACCAUCAUCAUCAACACCAACAACAACAUUACAAUACAAAUAAUCGUUCCUCAAUGGCAACAACAACAACUACCAUUAACGAUAUAAGUAAUCGUCAGAUCAAAAAUCGUGGUACACGUAUUAGUAAUAGUUUAAUUCAAAGAACAACACGUGAAAGUGUUACAUCUGCCACCUGUACACUGUUGCAGCCACCGAGUGGCAAUAAUAAAUUGUACUGGCAUGCAGCCUCAUUCGAUGAGAGUUGUCGUUUGAUGGCCGAUAAACAGCAACAACAGAGAGAUCGGGUAGCAGAACGUACAAGACGUUCGGAUACGGCCAAGCGUCAUGUUUUAGCGCGUCAAAAGCCCAUCGAACAAGAGGAAGAUCGCGAUAAGUUAUCAUCUAGUCCUUUGGGAAAUCGAAGAUGUUCUACCAUGUCGGAUUCUUCGUAUAGUGGCCGCUGGACGGCUCGUUGUGCUUCUAUUGCCAGUCGUGCUUCUAGCAUAGAUUCAAGACGUAUACAAGUAGAUUUACAUAGUCCGGAGGUAAUGCCCAAAUCUAUAUUACGUUCACCGAAACGUUAUAGCUCAGGUCCAUCGACAACACCUUCAGUCGAAAAGGAAUUUCGAAGUCAACUUUCCGUAUGUUCUGAGCCACCCGCCGCCAUACGUCAACUCUCGGGUCAAUCAAGUCUAGAACCAUGUCUGCCCGAAGAAGCUAUAGAGCUUGCAGAUGCAGAUAGCUAUCAAAUUUCCCAAACCGAAACUCCUCGUUCGUUAACUACUACCACAAUAAUCAAUCCAGUAGAUCUUCCACCGCCACCACAAUCACCAACAACACCACCGGCGCCACCGCCAACAGCAUUACCAACAACUAAACCGGAAAUUAAAUCACCCAACCGGUCUGGUAUAUUGAAGAAACCCCGCCCCGAUUCAUUACCACUAAUGCAAAAUUCUGCCGUUAUUGAUUUUAGUAAAACCACCAACGUCAAUCAUGAACGUUAUAAAAAUCUGCAACGCAGCAAUUCCUCACGCACUUAUGAUCGUCCCAAAUGCCAUAAAACCUCAGAACAUGAUGAUUCCAUAUUUUAUAUACGUUCCGAACAUAGAGUUCUACAGCACUGUAAUGAUUUCUAUGAUUCCGAACAGGUUAUCAAUGAAAGACGUUCAACUCUGCUGAAGGCGGAUAGUGAAACUGCUUUGGCCGAACGUAAGUUAAGUUCCUUUUCAAUACCGGAAAGAAUAUUGGAGCAAUCGGGGUCAGGGACGGGUGGAGAUAUUGAGGAAUCAAAACCUCCUGACGAUAUCGUCUUGCAGAUUGAAGUGGACAGUAAUAAAGAGGAAGAGAAUAAUAUUGUAUAGAGUUUAAGCAGCUGAUACUUAUUAAUUAAUUAAUGAAUUAAACGGAAUUACUUUACAACUCAAAGUUGUAGUUGUGUAGAAGAAAAGUGAAAUACAUUAAUGUUAGUAACAAAUAUUAUAUAAAAAUAUUAGAGUGUAAUUUUUUUUGUUUUCAAUUUUCCUUUUACAUCUUUUCUCAUUUGUUAUAAUUUGAAGUCUUUUAGUCCAAGGAGAUUUAAGUUAGAGGUUGUGUAAAUUUAUAUUUAGUAAAAUUAGGUGAAAAAAAAUUUUGCUUUAAUUUUUCUUUAGUUUUCUAAAUAAUCUUUCAAUGUAUUAAUUAGUUAAUCACAAUCCUUGGUAGGUAAAAGUAUGUACGUAAAAGCAAUACGUAUCUCUAUAAUAGUUUAUAUCUCAUUAGAGAUCUUUCUAAAUCGGUAAAUCGGCAAAUUUGAUAAAUGUUUUGUUUGCCCUAUUAUAUUAUUUUUUCCACCAAUUUUUGGGAUCUAAAAAUACUACGGUUCAGCUCCAGUUCAGUUCUAGUUCAAGUUUCAUUUAGUUCCAGUUAA